UUUUAAACUAACCAGAAAAACUGGCGAAAAAAAAAAAAUCCGUUUCAAGGUAUCGUAUAAGCUAAGGCGCCAUUUUGACAGGAUUGUUAGGUAAAGUGGGGUCCUUUAAUGUUGCAGUCCCAGACUGCGGUAUAACAUGGUGUUGGGGCUCAGUAGUAUCGGUUACUGUGCUGGAGUACCAGACCCACACACUUCCAUUUAAAGUAACCCUGGUGGAUUUAUUGAACAGUUGUGUAACGGCAGACUGUCCGUGUGAUAUGAAAGCCAUUCCUUGGUGGGUUUGCUAGUGUGCUUAGGAUCAUUAUCCUGUUGAAAGGUCUACUUUUGGGUCAACUUCAACUUUUGGACAGAUGGCCUCACAUUAUCUUCAAGCAAUCUUUGAUAUGAUGCAGAAUUCAUAGUUGAAUCAAUGAAUGCAAGCUGUCCAGUCCCUGAGGCAGCGAAGCAACCCCAAACCAUAACAUUUCCACCACCGUGCUUCACAGUUGAGUGCAAAGUAGCAUGUCUUGCUACUUUUGACCAACUGGAAGUGGUUUGCCGAGAGGAAUGGGUCAAAUGCCAAGAACUGGGCGUCAACAAGAACAACCUGUGUGACUAUGAAGUGGAAUACCUUUGUAACUACAAAAGAAACGUUAUCACUGAUGAGAAAAGACAAGAAACACAGGAUCUGUACUUGGUAAAAUGGAAGGGCUAUCCGGAGUCUAUGAACUCGUGGGAGCCACGGAAGAACCUAAAGUGCACUGAUCUGCUUAACCAGUUCUGGGAGGAUUUGAUGCGUGAGAUGGUGCGGUUAAAGAAGCGCAAUGUUCCCAAGAAACUGGAUGCUUCCAUUGUAUCUAAUCUUGUGCAGCGAGCAAAGCUUAGGCAAACCCUCAAACUCUGGGAGAAUCAUCUGAACAGCCUGGGCUCAGACAAAGGUCGCAUCUAUGUGGAAAACCUGGUAGACAUGGAGGGUCCUCCAAAGAACUUCACCUACAUUACCGAUUAUAAGGUGGGCGACGGUAUUUCUCUUAAUGAGGUGGCUGUUGGCUGUGAGUGUACAGACUGCCUGAAUAGUCCUCUGGAGGGCUGCUGUGCCGGAGCCUCGCAGCACAAGUUUGCCUACAACGACUCUGGACAAGUGCGUAUUCGGCCUGGAUUACCUAUCUACGAAUGCAACAGGCGGUGUUGCUGCGGGCCCGACUGCCCCAACAGGGUGGUGCAGAGGGGCAUUCAGUAUUCACUGUGCAUCUUUAGGACAGACAACGGCAGGGGCUGGGGGGUACGGACCAUGGAGCGCAUCCGCAAGAACACCUUCGUCAUGGAGUAUGUAGGAGAGAUCAUCACUACAGAAGAAGCAGAAAGGCGAGGGCAUGUCUACGAUAAAGAAGGCGCCACCUACCUGUUUGACCUGGAUUAUGUGGAUGAUGAAUAUACAGUGGAUGCAGCUCACUAUGGCAACAUUUCCCACUUCGUCAAUCACAGUUGUGAUCCGAAUCUUCAGGUGUAUAACGUCUUUAUAGAAAACUUGGACGAGAGACUGCCACGGAUAGCUUUCUUUGCCACUCGUGCCAUUAAACAAGGGGAGGAGCUAACCUUUGACUACAACAUGCGGAUUGAUCCAGUAGAUGCAGAAAGCACAAAGAUGGACUCUAAUUUCAGUUUAACGGGACUUCCAGGUUCUCCUAAGAAACGCAUGCGUGUAGAAUGUAAAUGUGGUGUGCCAACAUGUCGAAAAUAUCUAUUUUAGAUAACCCAGGGACUGGAGGAGUUUGUCAUGCCAAAUUGUCGCUAAAAUAAUAAUGGCUGUAAAGGCUAAUAGUGGAAUCUCAAACAAAAUUUUACAAAUCAUUAUCCUUGAUUACUCUCGAAAUGUGUACUGCUAUGUCACAGUAUUUUUAUUUAAUGAAUUUUCUACAUAAAAGGCCUGGUUAGAUUAGAGAUGUGUGUUUCAGUCCUCUGAUUCUAUUCCUCAGCUAAUUCCCAAUAACUUUAUGGGCUCAAAAGGAGAAACACACUUCUGUAGAACUGUAACUUUUUUUUGCAGUUUUCUUCCCUGACAUUUGGCAUGAUGCUGCGAGUUCACAUUUCACUACAUUACAUAUGUGAAAAAAUAUACAGUUCUUUGUAAAUGCUUUUUUAAAAUCAAAAGUCAAAGAUAUGGAUCAUCAUGAGUUUGGCAAGAAAUUGUGUUUAUCCUUUUUUUAACUGAAAUUUUUAUAGUUUAGUUAUUUUUAUGAGAAGGCUUUUAUUUUUCUUAUAUAAUAGUUGUGUGUCAGGCAAGUGCAUUAGUAUUAAAAUAUAAAGGACAGUUAUCAAACCCACUGAGGAUUAUGUUAAAUCUUUUUAAGUUUGGUGUAAUCUGUCUGGAAAACCUUGGGUGCAGCUUUGAUUUCAUUAACCUGCCAACAGGGGGCAAAACUGUAUUGCCAGAUAUGUGCUUUUUGUGAAUGUUACAUUGGAAAAAUUAUUUUUCCACACGCAUGAGUGAUGAUUUUUUUUUUAAAUCAUCACUUGAAUUUUAGCAGAGCGCAGAUUGUGCAGAUGAUUGCUUAGUGACAUUCUGACUGUACUGUUUAAAUUAUAUUUUUCCAAAUAAUAAUAAGACUUUAUUGGUCACAUAUACAAUACAGCACAGUGAAAUUCUUUUUUUUUUUCACAUAUCCCUGCUUGUUAGGAGGUCGGGGUCAGAGCGCAGGGUCAGCCAUGAUACGCCGCUUCUGGAGCGGAGAGGGUUAAGGGCCUUGCUCAGGGCAGCUUGACGGUACUGUGGCUUGAACCCUCGACCUACUGAUCAGUAACCCAGAGCCUUAACCAUUGAGCCACCACUGCCCAGUCAGUGUUAAUGAUUCUAUGUUGUAGCAAUAACCUGUGAUAUACAGACUGUUGACAUUACAGGGGAAAACAUUUAUAUGUAAUAAUAAUAAUAAUAAAUUAAAUUUAAAAAAAAAUUAAAGUUGUUGGCCCACCAGGAGCUUCUUACUAAAAAUAUUCCCUUAUGUGGUGUUUUGAUUUUGAUGCUGUUUAACAUCAGGGCAUAUGUUUCAUAUCCUUUUUGAUUAUAUCAAUUUUAUCUUCCUGUACUGUUGACACAUGUACUGGAUAGCUAUAGAAGCUAUAAAAGAAAAAAAGGCUACCAACUGACAAGUUGGUGCACAUACUGUAUGAGAAAAUUUAUACUUUUGCAAAUUUACGAAACUAUACAAAUUGAACAUUGUGCUCUUAAUGUUGGUUUUGGUGUCUGUUAUUUCACCCAUGUAUGGUCUGACUAUGACACUAUUGUCCAGGGGCAGAGCCUGCUUUCAGUAACAAAUGAUCUACAUUUCAAAUAAUGUAGUCUUGAAGUGAUGCCUGCUAUGUUAUAGUGAUUCAUGAUGAAGCCUCUAACCAUACAUUCAGUUCAAUUUACCACAUUUGUUUUUGUUAUUAUGUAUUAUCAGAAUAAAUGUCCUCUGCUGUUUGGAAGGCUGUACAACAGGUAAAAUAAUGUGAAAUAAAAAACAAACUUAAAAUGUAAUUUUCUGAUAAUUAGAAUAAUGCUAGCACAUUUAUAGAACAUUGUUGCACAGAGUAGUAAAAAAAUGUUUGGGAUAAUAUAAUGGUUGACCUUUUACAGUGACUGCUAACAUU